UUUGGGGCUGAAGUUCUCUGUGGGAGGCUGUUUUCUGAGGGAGCCGAGUGUUUACAGGCACUCAGGCCUGCUCCGCUCAGCUGAAGCAGAAAACAGAGACCUUCUGCAGUGCUUUCGUUCAAGAGGAAGACAGGAGGCGACCCCAUGAGACCAUGGCUGAGACACCUAGUCCUCCAGGCACUGAGGAACUCCAGGGCAUUCUGUGGGUCUCGCGGGCAGCCAGCACAUCUACCUGUUCCUCAGAAGAUCGUGGCCACCUGGGAAGCCAUCAGCCUGGGAAGGCAGCCGGUGCCUGAGUACUUCAACUUUGCCCAUGACGUGCUGGAUGUGUGGAGUCGGCUGGAAGAGGCUGGACACCGCCCCCCAAAUCCUGCCUUCUGGUGGGUCAAUGGCACAGGAGCAGAGAUCAAGUGGAGCUUUGAGGAGCUGGGGAAGCAGUCCAGGAAGGCAGCCAAUGUGCUGGGGGAUGCAUGCGGCCUGCAGCCUGGGGACAGAAUGAUGCUGGUACUCCCACGGCUCCCGGAGUGGUGGCUGGUCAGUGUGGCUUGUAUGCGGACAGGGACAGUGAUGAUUCCGGGUGUCACUCAGCUGACGGAGAAGGACCUCAAGUACCGGCUGCAGGCGUCCAGGGCCAAGUCCAUUAUCACCAGUGACUCCCUAGCUCCAAGGGUGGAUGCCAUCAGCGCCGAAUGCCCCUCCCUCCAGAUCAAGCUGCUGGUGUCAGACAGCAGUCGGCCAGGCUGGUUGAACUUCAGGGAACUCCUCCGGGAGGCAUCUACAGAGCACAACUGCGUGAAGACAAAGAGUCGAGACCCGCUGGCCAUCUACUUCACCAGCGGAACCACCGGGGCCCCCAAGAUGGUCGAGCACUCCCAGAGCAGCUACGGACUGGGUUUUGUGGCCAGCGGAAGACAGUGGGUGGCUUUGACCGAAUCGGACAUCUUCUGGAACACGACUGACACUGGCUGGGUGAAGGCAGCCUGGACUCUCUUCUCUGCCUGGCCUAAUGGAUCUUGCAUUUUUGUGCAUGAGCUGCCCCGAGUUGAUGCCAAAGUUAUCCUGAAUACUCUUUCCACAUUCCCGAUAACCACCCUCUGCUGUGUCCCAACCAUCUUUCGGCUGCUUGUGCAGGAGGAUCUGACCAGGUACCAGUUUCAGAGCCUGAGGCACUGUUUGACUGGAGGAGAGGCCCUCAAUCCUGACGUGAGGGAGAAGUGGAAACGCCAGACAGGCGUGGAGCUGUACGAAGGCUAUGGACAGUCUGAAACAGUUGUCGUCUGUGCCAAUCCAAAAGGCAUGAAAAUCAAGUCUGGAUCCAUGGGGAAGGCGUCCCCACCCUACGAUGUGCAGAUUGUGGAUGAUGAGGGUAACAUCCUGCCUCCUGGAGAAGAGGGGAAUGUUGCCAUCCGUAUCAGACCCACCCGGCCCUUCUGUUUCUUCAAUUGCUAUUUGGACAAUCCUGAGAAGACAGCUGCAUCAGAACAAGGGGACUUUUACAUCACAGGGGACCGAGCUCGCAUGGACAAGGAUGGCUACUUUUGGUUCGUGGGAAGAAAUGAUGAUGUGAUCAAUUCUUCAAGCUACCGGAUCGGGCCCGUUGAAGUGGAAAGCGCCCUGGCAGAGCAUCCUGCCGUCCUGGAGUCGGCCGUGGUCAGCAGCCCAGACCCCAUCAGGGGAGAGAUGAGGACAUAGCGAGCACACCAGUCACGGCUGCUGAUGGCUGUAACCUGAGAGGGAUAGAAUAUGUAUCCAAAAUGACCUUGAUAUACCAGAAAGAUGGGCCAAAUUUAAUAAGCUGGGCUUUCAUAGGAGAAAUCUUUUUUUUUUUUUUUUGAGAGAGAGUCUUGCUCUGUUGCCCAGGCUGAAGUGCCGUGGCACGAUCUUGGCUCACUGCAACCUCCGCCUCCCAGGUUCAAGCGAUCUUCCUGCCUCAGCGCCCCCCAGUAGCUGGGAUUACAGGCACGUGUCACCACGCCUGGCUAAUUUUUGUAUUUUUAGUAGAGACAGGGUUUCGCCUUGUUGGCCAGGCUGGAGGUCUUAAACUCCUGACCUCAGGUGAUCCACCCACCCCAGCCUCCCAAAGUGCUGGGAUUACAGGCAUGAGUCACUGUGCCUGGCCGGGAGAAACCAAAGUGCUGGGAUUACAGGCAUGAGUCACUGUGCCCGGCCAGGAGAAACCAAAGUGCUGGGAUUACAGGCAUGAGUCACUGUGCCCGGCCAGGAGAAACCAAAGUGCUGGGAUUACAGGCAUGAGUCACUGUGCCUGGCCAGGAGAAAUCUUUCUGUGGGUCCUAGAGAAAUGCAUAGUAUGGGCAAGAUCAGCUUACAGGCAGACUUAGGUACUUUUCACUGGCUUACAUCCAACAUAAUCCUAAAGCACAACAAUUACCUUUUGAAAGUUAGUGCACUAUCAGCCUGCAUUCUCAGAAGCAUGAGGACCGCAGGAGAGAUUCUUGAAGUCUGGUUCUUGGACUGCUUGUAACUGUAUCAUCUGAGAUUCUUGUUUAAAAUAUAGAUUUGUAGACCUAAAGUCAGACUUACCGAAUCAUAAUGGCUGGGAAUGCAGCCCAGAGAAUCUGCAUUUUAGCCAGCCAUUCUUGGCCAAGUGAUUCCCCUCUAAAACCCAAAGCCAUUAAUAUAGAAUAAGGGAGGUGUGGAGUCCCACUGAUGUGCUGAAGAAAUCAUACCUCAAACGUAUGCCUAGUUCUGCAUGCCGUGAGUUAACUGGGACUGUGACAAAUGGCUGUGUGCUCAAAUUUAAUCCAUGUAUAGUGCUUAGAACUGAGUCUGGUGUGUAGAAAGUGCCCAACAAAUGGGCCGGACACAGUGGCUCACAUCUGUAAUCCCAGCACUUUGGGAGGCCAAGGCGGGUGGAUCACAAGGUCAGGAGAUGGAGACCAUCCUGGCUAACACGGUGAAACCCCGUCUCUACUAAAAAUACUAAAAAUUAGCCAGGUGUGGCGGUGGGCGCCUAUAGUCCCAGCUACUCGGGAGGCUGAGGCAGGAGAAUGGCGUGAACCCCGGGAGGCAGAGCUUGCAGUGAGCCGAGAUCGCGCCACUGAGCUCUAGCCUGGGCGACAGGGUGUGACUCCGUCUCAAAAAAAAAAAAAAAAAGUGUCCAACAAAUAUUUAGUAGUUACAGUAGUAAGAGGAAGCUCUUUCUAAAAGCAUAUCUGUCUGAACAUGAAAUGAUAAUGGCCUUCCUCCCUGUGGGAAGUAUGCAAGGACAGUGAGCUACCCCUUUAAUAGAAUACUCUUAACAGAUAGGAAUGCUGGAAUUAAUAAGCAUCCAAGUGACUUUCCAUUCCUAACAGAAACUAUGUUCUGUUUGUUUGUGCUUGAGUCUGAGACACUUCCUCCUCCUGCCUGGCAUAAGACAGCCUGCAGGAAAGAUGUGGGCAGAGAGACCCAAGGUGCAGAAUGUCCCUUGGGAUGUCUGGAACAGAAGUGGUGCAGUUCAGGGUCUGCUGAUUGCAAAUGUUCAUCCAUGCAGACCCCCAAAGACCUAGUUCCCCUUGAAAGUGACUGCAUUUUCCUCAAUCCCACCUGUUCAAACUCAUGCCUACCUACCUUUCUCAUUAGGAAAAUAUGGAAGAAAAUGGCCCCAGGAGUUUAUGAACCUCUUUUCUCCAAAAUAUUUGCUUCUUAAGAGAAGCGAUAUUGGCUUCAAAUGGUGUCAUUCCAAGUAUGGGGAGUAAUUUGAGAAAUAGGUAGGAGUUUGAAAUCAUCCCAGAAAGGUCAAUCCUCCUAAUAGUCACACCUGGAAAGGCCAGCAAAAGAAAAAUUGAUGUUGUUUGUGUCACUGGCUGUGCCCAAAAAAAACUAGUAGAACUUUCAUGGUGCAAAGAUAAAUGUAGGCACUUAUUCAAGGCUCACUUAAGGAGAAAAGAGUUGUUAUACGAGGCCUAAUCUUUUCUGGGUAUUUUGUUUUC